UCGCAUCAGUUCCCUCCCCCGCGUGGAGACAGAGUAGCCUGGAGCCCCAACCAUUCUGCCAAAGGCAACCAGAGAACUGGUCUCUCCUGACAGCCUUGUCCCUCAGAGUUGCUUCCUUGAUAGGUGACUUGUGACCAGGGAGUGGACCCUCAGGGGUCUUGGGCUACCGAAGGAUCUCCAGAAAGCCAUGCAGAAUCUUAAGCCAUGAAGGACUAUUCCGAUGUCAUCCUCUGUCCAGAGGCAACUGAGUUGAGCAAGACAGAGUUCUGUAAUCCUGCUUUCGAUCCUGAAGCAGGGCCUUCCUGCCCUCCAGCAGCCUUACAGAAAGAUGCCAGCAGCAGCCUCAAAGCUUCCUGGCAUGCCCAGCAUCUCCGAAGGCUACAACCAGACUGCCAUUUCUCCUGGUUCUGUAUCCUGCUGCUCAGUGGCCUUCUGGUCCUGUUACUGGGGCUACUGGUGGCUAUCAUUCUGGCUCAAUUGCAGGCUACAUCUUUCCCCAGGACAACCCAGAGCCCACUGCCCACCCGAGGCCUCGCCCCCAAGGGUGGCAUUUCUAGCACCACCCCUAACACCAGGACCACCGCCACCACCCCUCCAGCAACCACAGGGCAGCAGGAGGGGGCUGUGAGCUCUACACACCAGACCACCUGCGGAGGCCUCCUUCCUGGUCCAAGGGGUUUCUUCAGCAGCCCCAACUACCCAGACCUUUACCCACCCCACAGCCACUGUGUCUGGCAUAUCCAGGUAGCCCCAGGCCAGACCGUGCAGCUCAAGAUUGAAGCUCUCAGCAUAGAAGGUGUGCUCGCCUGUCUUUUCGAUCGCUUGGAAAUUGCCCCAGAGCCUUCAGGCCCUCUCCUCAGGGUAUGUGGUAAAACGCCUCCCGCCACACUAAACACCAAUACCAGCCACCUCCGAGUGUCCUUCGUCUCUGAUGACGACGUGGAAGGGUCUGGUUUCCAGGCCUGGUACCAAGCUGUGGCCCCUGGACAUUGGAGCUGUGCCCAUAAUGAGUUCCGCUGCGAUGAGCUCCUCUGCCUGAAGCAUUACUUAGUAUGUGAUGGCAUGACCAACUGCGCCGAUGGCAGUGACGAGGCCAACUGCAGUGCCAAGAACCUGGGGUGUGGAGGGAAUCUGACUGGGCUCCACGGUGUAUUCUCUACUCCCAACUACCCCCAGCACUACCCUCACCAUCAGCUUUGCACCUGGUACAUCUCAGUGCCCGAGGGAUAUGGCGUAGGACUGCAGUUCCGGAACUUCAGCCUGGAAGCACAGGCUGAGUGCAAGUUUGACUACGUGGAGGUGUAUGAGGCCAGCAGUUCCGGGGCCUUCAGCUUCCUGGGCAGGUUCUGUGGCGCUGAGCUGCCAGCCCCCCUCAUCUCCUCACAGCACCAGCUGGCCGUAAUCUUUAAGACGGAUUUUGGAAUCAGCAGCGGGGGCUUCUUAGCCACCUACGAGGCCAUCAAUACUACAGAGAACCCUUGUGGGCCCAGAGAGCUCUGCCAAGACGGAGGGUGUAGGGACCUGCAAUGGAUGUGUGACUUGUGGAGAGGCUGUGCGAAUGGCAGCAAUGACAACAAUUGCAGCAGUCACUUGCUCCCGCAGCCAGAACUGGCCUGUGAACCUGUCCAAGUAGAAAUGUGCCUUGGACUAAGCUACAGCACCACAGCUUUCCCCAACAUCUGGGUGGGCCUGGGCACCCAGUCGGAGGUGGUAGACAUCCUCAGGGGCUACAAGAGUCUGACAAGCCUACCCUGCUACCAGAAUUUCCGGAGGUUCCUUUGCGGGCUGCUUGUGCCUCACUGUACCCCACUGGGCGCUAUCCUGCCCCCUUGCCGCUCCGUCUGCCAGGGGGCGGAGCGACAUUGCCAGUCUAGCCUGGCACUACUGGGCACCCCCUGGCCCUUCAACUGCAACAGGCUGCCGGAGGCAGCGAGCCUGGAAGCUUGUUCCCAGCCGUGACCCGAAGCCGGCUCCUAACCCUGCCUGCCCAUCCUCCUCUACCUCUGUGGGUGGGCAGGGCAGGCAGGAAACAAAGGGAAGUGACCUGGGCAUGGGGCUCCCCAGGGAGAAGGACUGCUUUCAGUGCUGAUCCCACCCAGGGCUGGUGGGACUCCCCGUCCUCCCUGUAUCCUUGCCGCACCUUCAUUUACCACGACAGCUCUCAGCGGCCAGGCCCCGUAUUGUGCGGUUGGACAGCCCAGAGACUUCCUAUCCAAGUCUCUGACCCUGACUCCCUAUCUUCUGCCUUCCCCCUUUCCAGUUGAAUAUUUAAGAUCAUCAGGCCUUCAACUUUCCCAUCUAGGCAACAAAACUGUACUGAGUGCCUACUGGUGUGGUGGGAUCCUACUCUAUGCCUGGGGGGUCUAACUGGCUCUCUGCUUUUGGAAUUCUUCACCCUGGGCUCUGCUGAUCCAGUCACACACACACACACACACACACACACACACACACACACACACACACACUAG